CCUGAACGCUGGUUCGCAUGGACUGCCGAUCCUGGACAAUCCGAAUCUCACCAGGAAUGUUGACGCUGUCGUGUUCAACUCGCUGUCUCUCACCUGCUCCCUCGCCAGCCCCUCUAUAUAACCAGCAUUGGUAACCUCCCACAUCCCCGCCAGCAGCCAACAAUGCAGAUCCUAGGUGAGCACCCACCACAUACUACAUAACCACUGCAUCAUCCCCCGCCCCUCAUCCGCUGAACGGUACCAUUAUCAACACCGCACCACACCUCCCUAACACCCUUCUCCGCACCAGCAUCAGCAUCAUCCACCAUGAAGGACAUCAUCGCGAAAUACCGGCCGGACCUCAAGCCCUUCGAGGAGAUCUACCGCCACCUCCACCAGAACCCCGAACUCUCGGGCCAGGAGCAGGAGACCGCCGCGGUGGCGGCGGAGCACCUCCGGAGUCUGGGGUUUGAGGUGCACACGAAUCUGGGCGGCCACGGGGUGGCCGGCGUGCUCCGCAACGGUGAGGGCCCGACGGUGCUCGUGCGGGCCGACAUGGACGCCCUGCCCGUGGAGGAGAAGACGGGGCUGGCCUACGCCAGCACGAAGACGACCACGGACGCGGAGGGCGUGACGCGACCGGUCAUGCACGCCUGCGGGCACGACACGCACGUCGCCAGCCUGAUGGCCAGCGCCGUGCUCCUGCAGGCCGCGCGCGCCCACUGGGCCGGGACGCUGGUGUGCAUCUUCCAGCCGGCCGAGGAGCAGCUGGACGGGGCGCGCGCCAUGCUGGCGGACGGGCUGUACGACAGGAUCCCCGCGCCCGAGGUGGUGCUCGCGCAGCACGUCAUGCGCAUGCGGACCGGCACCGUCAGCGUGCGCGCCGGCCGCUUCCUGACCGCCGCCGACGCCUUCGACGUCCGCAUCCACGGCCGCGGCGGCCACGGCUCCGCGCCCCAUACCUGCAUCGACCCCAUCGUCGCCGGCGCCGCCGUCGUCUCCAAGCUGCAGAGCAUCGUCAGCCGCGAGGUCCCCCCCGGCGAGAUGGCCGUCGUCACCUGCGGCAGCAUCCAGGCCGGCCACGCCCACAACAUCAUCCCGGAUUACUGCGAUCUCAAGCUGAAUGUGCGCACGUACGAUGCCGGCAUCCGCAAGCGCGUGGUCGAGUCCAUUCGCAGGAUCGUCGAGGCCGAGUGUGAGGCCGCCGGCUGUGUGGAGAAACCUUUGGUCAGGCUUACGUAUUCCACCCCGGCGACGAUUAAUGAUGGGCAGUUGGUCGAGACGCUGAAGGGUUCGUUUGGGGCGUACUUUGAGGAUGGGCUGGUGGAGUCCGAGCCUGCGGCCGCGAGUGAGGAUUUCUCGUUGUUGGCUACGGCGGUGGGCGCGCCGUAUGUGAUGUGGACGUUUGGCGGCGUCGAUGCCGAGACCUGGGACGAUGCCGUCAAGAGGGAUGUCGUGCGCGAGCUGCCGAGUAACCACUCGCCGUUCUUCGCCCCGGUCAUCGAACCUACGCUGCAGACCGCGGUGGAUGCCAUGGCCGUGGCGGCGAUGACCUUCUUGCAACGGAAAAAGUGA